AUGCAGCGAACCCUUCGAGCAGCGCAGCGCGCCGCCGCUUCCACCAAAUCUGCCGCCACUGCCGCGAAAACGACCACCGCCGCCACCACCAGAGCAGCUCCUCUUCCAUACGCGCCGCCACGACUACAACAAAAUCACGUCGCCAGCUCUUAUCCAGCACAGACACAACCGGCAGCACAGCCCACCCCUUCCCCUUCACCACAAUCCGCGCCGACUCGACCGACGACGACGACGACGACGACACCGCCCCCCGUGGAAAAGGUACUGCCCGGCAGCCCCGCGUACAACCGCGCCGCGAGCAAGUACACGCGCGCCAUGAUUGCGAUGCCGAUCCUCCUGCUCACCUCGUACGUCCUGUACGGCCGGUUCCUGGGCGGCCAGGAGGAGAAGGUGUUGCCUGGUGCGGAGGGGCGGGCUGGCGGGCCAAAGCUGGUGGUUCUCGACAAGUGA